GACGUGGAAGGCGAGGCGGCCGGCCGUCGAGGGAGGGAUGAGAUGCAACUGCGUGUGAACUGGGAGGGUCGCACGGGUACAUACAGCUGGCUAGCUGGUGGUCGAUGCGCGUGAGACGAUGGCCGGCGCUGUAAUUUGUCGAAGUGCUGCUCGUGGUUCUAUGACAAGGCCAAAGGGCUGAUGGAGUUUGGGCUGCUACUGCUUUUGUUGCCAACAGUGGUGAGUGAGUUGGCUUGGAGGCACGGGGAAAGCCAGCUGUGCUCGCGACCAAGGAAUGCAUCGUCAGGCACCCAAGAUCAGAUCCAAGCCCCCGGAGACACAGACAUCAUUCUCCUCAUGCCCAACUUUAGCUCAGCCAGCCCAACACGAGGCAUCCAGCCCCCACGAGACCAGGCGCAUGACACCCUGCUCGUUUCUCUGCGCACGAUGCCACGAACUCGCAUGAUCGCCACAGCCCCUGGGGGGCCCACGCAGGGUCUAUCCACAACCCUGAGCCAUGGUCUGAUUUCCAUUGAUGCGACUGGGGUCUUAGAGCAGGUUCUCCGUGUAACAGCAGGCUGCAGGCGGGAGGAGCAACCCGAGCCAGCGCUGAGGCGUGUCUGUGCAACGACGACGGCGAGGACGACAACAAUAACAACAAACGCGUGUGUGUGGACGAGAAUUCGUACCGGCGUGGCAGCUGACCCUCGUGACUACCACUCGUCUCCCUGUCUGGCGAUCGUCGAAACGAGCAGUAGCCUAAUUAUAUGACCACACGUGUAGCGGAGGACGGCUGUCGUCCCCAUUGGCCUGGUAGUUCGGACGUCGGCAGUCCAUGAUCAUGUGGCGAUGCGAGGGAUGACAUGGAGUGUAGCUAGUGCGGGCCGUACCGGACUGCUGCUGGCUCUAGAGUCUAGUGAUCAUUGAUGGUGCUUGGAUAAGUAGACCUGAGCAGUGAUCAGUCUCACUGUCCGUCGGGCAGCCAGGCU